CAGAGCUGCUGCUGCUACUGCAGCAAGAGAUAGGGCUGAGGCGUUGAGAAUUUCAUGGACAGGCGGUCGCACAGAAAGACACACAGAGGUAGUGGUGUACACUAAGCCCUUGACAGCAAAUAGGUGACAGUAGUUAAAGGCAUCAUCUACUGCAAGUAGGAGAAGAUGGCCACUCUGAACCAUACCAACUGUAAUACAGCGUCACCAGCUGCCCUGGAAGAGGCAAAGACUUCCGGUGGUCUUCGGAGCCCCCAGAUAGCCCAUGAACCUCAUGACUUUGGUGGUUCCCAGCUUCUGCCACCGGGAAGAGAGAUUCAGUCAGAGGAUGAAGGGACUGCCCCACCUGGCGAUGGCUCAAGUUGUAACAUUAGGGGUUCUCGAACCCAGAGCCCAGGGGGUGGUUCAGUGGAGGCAGUGCUGGCCCGAAAGAAGCACCGUAGGCGGCCAUCGAAGCGCAAGCGGCACUGGCGGCCAUAUUUGGAGCUGAGCUGGGCUGAGAAGCAACAGCGAGAUGAGAGGCAGAGCCAGAGGGCCUCUCGGGUCCGCGAGGAGAUGUUCGCCAAAGGCCAGCCCCUGGCACCCUACAACACCACUCAGUUCCUCAUGAAUGACCGUGACCUUGAGGAGCCUAACCUCGAUGUGCUCCAUGGGCCCUCCCACGCAGGCUCCGGUGGGGAGAACGAAGCAGGGGACAGUGAUGGGCAAGGCCGAGCCCAUGGGGAAUUUCAGCAGAGGGACUUCUCUGAGGCCUAUGAGCGGUACCACACUGAGAGCCUUCAGGGCCGCAGCAAGCAGGAGCUGGUGCGAGACUACCUGGAUCUAGAGAGGCGUCUGUCACAGGCUGAGCAGGAAACUCGGAGGCUCCAGCAGCUGCAGGGAUGCCCCAGCAGGCAACCCUGUCAACAAGUGGAAGAGCUAGCUGCUGAGGUAGAGAGACUCCGGACUGAAAACCGGCGACUUCGUCAGGAGAACGAGAUGUGGAACCGAGAGGGCAGCUAUUGUGACCAGGAGAAGCGAGCCGCAGAAGGGACCCCUUGGCCCAAGAAUGAGGCCCCGUUUCAGACCCACACAGGCCAGCCGGGUCACAGGGAGGCAGGUGACAGAUGAAAGCUGCUCCCAGCAUACCCUGUCUGCACUGAGAACUGCUAAGACAAGGUCAGAGUUUCCCCUGCCAUUUUCACGGUUGGAUCUUUGAUGUCAUCUCACAUUUUGCAGAGCAAUUAAACAGCCUUGUGAGACCCA